GACAAACAACUUAAGCAUGUACCACUCCCCUCACCUCAGACCUCACCUCACCUCACGUAUAUAACCAGCCAACAAGAAAGCAGACGCAGACAGAGAGGAGGCCAGCAGAUUAGCGAAAGAGAGAGAGAGAGAGAGAGAGAGAGAGAGAGAUACAAAAAGCUCCACACACGAACCAUUUUGCUGCUGCUCCUUUGGCCUUUCUGCGCUUUUGGAUUUCGCAUCUCAACCGUGCGACGACGCGAGGAAUCAACACGGGCGCCAUGGAGAGGACCGGUUCCAGCGCUGACGGCACGGGUCCUAGCACCUCCUCCUCCUACCCCACCGCCGACGCCGACGACAAUGGCACCGCCGGCGGCGCCAAGGUCUGGCUCCUCGUGCUCCUCUUCUCCCUGCUCCUGCUGCUCUUCCUCCCCUCCGCCGUGCGCCGAGGCGGCGGAUUCCAGCGCGGAGGGAUUACGCUCAAGAGCGGCGGGGACGUCGUCAACCUCUGCCUCGUGCUCUUCGCCAUCCUCUGCGGCCUCCUCGGCCGCGGCGGGGGCGACGCCGAUGGGGAGGCCCCUGGCCCCGCGCCGCUGGCGCCCAAGAGCCAUCUGCGGGUGUCCCCUGCCGCGGCGCCGACGCCGGAGCCGAGCACCGAGGACGUCUGGGCGAGCUUCAACAACUCCUACACCAACCACAACGCCCAGACGGGGAUCCGGCGGAUGAAGAGCAGCAGCUCCUACCCGGAGCUGCGGCUGGACAGCGACGGCGUCUGGGGCCUCGCGUCACCGGAGUUGGCCUGGCGCUCCUACGACGAUGCCGAGCUGUACCGGACCCGCCGAGACGACGCCGAUCGGCCGCUCAGGAGGACGUCGUCCGAUGUGAAGACGAUCCCGGUGGACACCUACGAGGUGCGCGCCAGACCGCUGCCUCAGGAUGCGAGGAGGCGGAGGCGGAGCGUCGAGAGGCUCCCCAAGAUGGAUGAGGUGGAGGAGGAGAGGACGCAUCCGGCGGAGACGGAGACUCUCGCUACGCCGGCGAGGAGCAGGACCUGGAGCCCGGAGGAGCUGGACGCUACGCUGCUGGGGAUGGCGUCCGCACCACCAGCACCUGCCCCGCAGCCGCAGCCUCGCCGUCGCCGACGCAGCCUCGAGAGGCUCCCCGAGAUGGUUGAGGUGGAGGAGGAGAGGACGCGUCCCACGGAGACUCGCGCUACGCCGGCGAGGAGCAGGACGUGGAGCCCGGAAGAGCUGGGCGCUACGCUAUUGGAGAUGGCGUCCGCAGAACCACCACCUGCCCCUCCGCAGCAGCCUCGCCGUCGCCGCCGCAGCCUCGAGAACCUGCCGACAAUGGAAGAAGUGGAGAAGGAGAUUAUAGUGGAAGAGAUCAAUCACCCGCAGUCGCCAUCGCCAGCCAUGUUUCCCCCAGGGACUCCGCCGCCACCUCCUCCUCCGCCACCGGCGGCAAUGUCGAGGAGCAAGAAGAAGAGGAGCGGCAGUGUGGGCGGCGCAAAGGAACUGGCCUCCGCCAUUGCUCUCUUCUACCAGAAGAAGCGCAAGAGCAUUAUCAUGAAGAGGGAGAGGCACCACCACCACCACCAUCACCAUCUCUCCGAUGACCACUACUCGUCGCCUUCGUCCGAAGCAUCGGCGAGUCCCGAAGCUACCGGCCGUGCCAAUCCUCCACGCCCGCCACCGCCGCCACCCCCUCCCCCGCCGCCGCCGUCAUCCAUCUUCUCCAACCUCUUCAAGAAAGGAGGCAGCAAGAGCCGCCGCAUGAACUCCCUCGCGCCACCGCAACCGCCACCUCCGCCCCCACCAACGCGCCGAUCAAGGAAACCGCCACAGCCUCCGUCUCGCCCCGCUCCUCCGCAGCCAGCGCCAGCUCCGGUGAGGACACGGCCGCCGCGCGCGAGCGCGCACCCGCAACAGCAGAUACGCGCGCAGGGGUAUCCGCAGCAGCCGCCACUGUAUCCCAGGCGCGGUGUCGUGUACUACGCCUACCCGCUUCCUCCGCCGUCGCCCCCAAUGCCGCCACCGCCUCCUCCACCGCCGAUGCUGGAGGGGGAGGAGGAGGUUCCGUCGGUCACUGCGUCACCGGCACCGUCGUACUGCGCGAGCCCCGACGUGAACACCAAGGCGGACAACUUCAUCGAACGCUUCCGCGCCGGGCUGAAGCUGGAGAAGAUCAACUCGUACAGGGAGAAGCUGCAGAUCCAAGAAGGCGCGACCGUGACCAUGGCGGAGGAGGACGGGGAGUUCAUGGUCAUUGGGUCCCUCUUCGAAGAUGAUGAUGACGAUAUGUCGUUGCCGGAGACGCCGGUAACCGCCACCGCGGCCGCUGUUGCCGCCGGCUUGUAAAUUCGAAUUCUACUUCUGACUUCCGAGGUGUUGCAUUGACGCUUGGAAACAACAGAGAGAAAAGCGAAUAUUUUUUUUUUCAAAACAAACAAAAUGAAAAGGGAAUUUAUUUUGGGUAUUGGGUUAUUUGAGGUAUUUUCCAUGAGAUUUGGUUCACUUUUCUUCUCAAUUUUUUGGGUAGUUUAGGAUAAUUGACAGUGAGAUUGGGUUAUUGAUUGCUUGUGGAGAGGAUGAAUUCAGUGUUGAGGUUAUUACUCUAAUUGAAGAGAGUGGUAUAGGGAGCUUUAUGCGCAUGUUUUAAAAUGGCCAGAAAGCUCGGCGAGGUGAUACAAAUUUCAUGUGUCUACAGUCUAUAUACUAGUAGUACUACUUAACAUGGCCAGAAAGCUCGGCGAGGAGUAUAGUCGUAGAAAGUGAAAGAUCUUUACAGUUUAUUUAUUUUGAAUCA